AUGUUACCCAUUGAGGUAAAUUUAAAUGAAAUUGUAUCACAUCUCAGGGAAAUUUGGCCUGCUUGCCUUUGCCACAGCAUAAUUCCAUUGCUCAUAACCGCUGGAUUAAUAAUUCCAUUCACCACGGGCUCCUGCAGCGACGACAAGUGUCCCGUCUCAUUCCACUUCAUUAUUGGAAGGAACAUGGUGGAUGGGCACGCCCUAGUUGGUCACGUGUUUGCAAAUGUCUCAGUGACCAAAGUGAUGGAAUGUUACAGAGCAUGCCAACCAAACUGUCGUUGUAUCUCUUUCAACUUUUUGAAAUAUUCCAACCAGGAUAACUGUCAACUGAAUGAGGAAAACCGACACCUAAAGCCCGGUGCCUUGAUGGCAAAGGAAGACUCUCAGUACUACGAUCUGGUAGUUCGCUACAACAUUGCGGUGAGAAAUGAUGUUUAACCGGCAUGAACAGCUUCUUUUCAAAAUAUGAGAGUAUUUUCAAAAGUUUCCAGUCAGGAUUUUGUUCUUAUUAAAAUUCUCAGUCAUACCAUAAAUCAGGUUCGUAUAUGACAAGCGUAUACUGCAUAUGAAUUAUCAGAGAGAGUCUUAUUCUGUUAAUCCAUGCUAAAAAAUCAUAUUAACUGAUUUCUUGUCUCAGAGCAAGUCUGCAGUUUCAGCAUCGUCCGGAUGCACUCAGUGUUCCAACAGUUGUUGCAAAGAUCAACCGUGUCUCAAUGGAGGAACUUGUCGAGAAAACUGUCAGGAGACCGGAAAACGAUUCAUCUGCGACUGUUCGGGAUUUAUUGGCCAGAUCUGUGAGCAGGGUAAAACAAUUUUGAUCAAUAAUGCAACUACAGUCUCACAUUCUGUGAGCUAUCUUUUUCAUGCUGCAAAUUAAUCGAGUCUUAAAUCAAUCGAAAGGUUCCCAGUCCUUUCUGCAAUCUCUCUGAUAGACGAGCAGAUGACUGAUAGUUGCGUAUAAUUAAAUAAUGACUCUUAACGGACUAUUUAACCUUACUCAUUCAUAUACCAAUUUGAAAUGCGGUUCACGUUUAGAGUGUCAGGGCGCCCUUGGCAUGGAGAGCCGAACAAUAACUGACGGACAAAUAAGCGCCUCUACUAUAUGGAAUUCCCGUCAUUUUGCCUCUAACGCCAGACUUCACAAUCAAGCAAGCGCAAAUAGCGGCGGGGUCUGGGAACCAUCAAAGAAAAACGCUAAUCAGUGGCUUCAGAUCGAUUUGGUCACGCAACUCAGCGUGACACGCGUGGCAACACAAGGAAGACCAGAUGGUCCGCAUUGGGUGACUAAAUAUCAUUUACAGUAUAGUAACAACGGGUCGACCUUCCAGUUGCACAGAGAGCGAGGAAAACAUUCUAGCAAGGUUAGUUAUUGAGCAGAUAUUUGGACUUGCAGUUUAUUUUUCACGCGUUAUGUGGUAGGUUAAUGCGAAAGUUUUUGUUCAGCCAAUCACCGCUUCAUUAUCUGCAAACCUGUUUGAGAUUAUAAUUAAUUUGCGUUAGCUUAAGAGUCUGCUUUGGUCAAAGUAUGGUUAAGUAAUUGAAUUUCCAAUACAGACUCCAAAACAGUGCGAUACAUGUUUCAUUAAAUCAGUUUCGAUCAAAAGAUGAAACGAAACGAAAGCCUCACACAUGUAUAAGGUCAACAAGAGCUAUUGUUACUAUAAUAACAAUUUUUUCAUGGCAUCACUAUAUUCUUUAAGGAAUAUUCAGGAAACAGCGACAGUACAUCUGUGGUGUCACAUGACCUGAUUCCACCAAUCAUGGCGCGUUACAUUCGUUUCCGCCCAUUGGCUUGGCACUGGCAGAUAGCCAUGAGAGUGGAGCUGUAUGGUUGUCAUGGUAAUAGAGACUUUUGUUUUAACAAGCCUUCCUAGUCGAAUCAAGAGAGCAUCAUGGUCUCUUUUCGAAACUUUACGUUCUUCAGUAAAGUUAUCACAUGUUGUGAUUCUGCGUACAACAGAUCUUUUUUCCAGAAUUUUCACUGUCAUCAGUAUCGUUUUAUUUUGUAAGUAGGUGAGUCGAUGUUCUCUUGAAUAGAUCUGAAAAGAAUGUAUUUUACCCCGCCAUUACUUCAGCUAAAGCCACACAUACAAUUGCAUGGUUACACCUUGAGUUCUAUACACCAACUGUAUAUUGACAAUAACGAUUUCGACUCGUUCGACGUUUAGAUUGUCACCGCGCCCUCGGUAUGGAAAGCCGUGCAAUCCUUGACGGUCAAAUUAGUGCCUCGUCACAGUAUAGUAUAAACCACGCCGCUGUUUACGCCAGACUCCACAAUAAAGCAAUUCAAAAUGUACACGAAGAGGCCUGGGAACCAUUAACAUCAGACGCAAAUCAGUGGCUCCAGAUUGAUUUGGUGACGCAACACGGCGUGACUCGCGUGGCAACUCAAGGAAGAUACAGGAUUAAUCACUGGGUGACAAAAUAUAAUCUGCUGUACAGUAGCGACGGGUCGACCUUCCAGUACUACAAAGAGCGAGGACAAAGUAUAACGGUUAGUCAUUGUGCUUAAUGGUCUGUACAUGAAGUUGGUUUUGAAAAUAUAUUUAGAUACUUUGAAAUGGAUGGUUAUUAAACAGCUGGCAGCCGUGGGCAAUAUGAAAAAAGUGGGCAAUAAGAAAAAGAAAAUUUGUCUCGGUCCAUGGAAAUGCCCAAAAAAACAGGAGCUCGGCCAAUACCAAGCCAUGUUGACCACAGACUUGGUCAAUAACGUAUAUAUGUUGUUUAAAGGAAUUAUCUGGAAACACAGAUGGUACAACUGUGGUGUCCCAUGACCUUAUUCCCCCAAUCAUGGCGCGUUGCAUUCGUUUCCGACCAUUGACUUGGCACGUGUGGAUAGCCAUGAGAGUGGAGCUGUAUGGUUGCCAAGGUAUUUUAGAAUCUUUAAAGGCCGUAAUAUCGUGUAAUUCUGCCUAA